AAGAAAGAGGGAAUAGGAUUUGGGAACAAAAUCGGGUUAACCGUUUCUACAUUUUUGUAUGUUUAUUGAGGAAAAAAAAUGUGGUUAUUCAGUAGAAAAGGGGCUUCUGGCUUCUCAGCUACGUCUACAGCAGAGCAAGUUACUGAAGGAAUUGACGGGUCGGGUCUCACCGCCAUUGUUACAGGAGCUUCGAGUGGUAUCGGAGCAGAAACUGCGCGGGUGCUUGCAUUGCGUGGCGUCCACGUCGUCAUGGCUGUCAGAAAUCUCUCUGCUGGACACGAGGCCGAAGAAGCAAUCGUCAAACAAGUUCCGAAUGCAAAAGUCGAUGCUAUGGAGCUAGAUCUCAGCUCGAUGGCAUCAAUCAUAAAAUUUUCCUCGAAUUUCAACUCAUUGGGCCUUCCUCUGAAUGUACUGGUAAACAAUGCUGGAGUUAUGGCAACACCGUUCAUGCUUUCAGAAGACAACAUUGAGUUGCAGUUUGCAACAAACCAUGUGGGACAUUUCCUUUUGACAAAUUUGAUGUUGGAAACCAUGAAGAGAACAGCUCGUGAAAGUAGUCGAGAAGGAAGGAUUGUAAAUGUUUCAUCCCGACGGCACAAGUUUUCAUAUCCUGAAGGGAUCCGCUUCAAUAAAAUUAAUGAUCAAUCCGGGUAUAGCAGCCUAUCUGCAUACGGACAAUCAAAGCUUGCUAAUGUGCUCCAUGCUAAUGAACUUGCUAGGCUUUUGAAGGAAGAGAAAGUGGAGAUAACAGCUAAUUCACUUCAUCCGGGAGGAAUUGCCACCAACCUAUUCCGUCAUCACAGCUUCAUAAACGGUCUUAUUGAUGCUCUUGGUAAGCACGUGAUGAAGAAUGUUGAGCAGGGAGCAGCGACGACAUGCUAUGUAGCGUUGCAUCCAGAUGUUAAAGGCAUGACUGGCAAAUAUUAUUCAGACAGUAAUCUGGCUGAGACAAGCUUGCAAGCCAGGGAUCAAGAAUUAGCCAAAAAAUUGUGGGACUACACCCAUAACCUGAUAGACCAAUGUAAAGUUUAAUCAACAUUUUUCAUUCUACCAACUCAAGGAAAAAUGUAAAUACCCUUUUAUAAUUUCUACAAAUUAACAUUUUGUUCCUGUC